UUAGCGAGCCUCGGAAUUAGCGACGGCGGCGGCGACGCGACGCGUCACACAGGAACUGCAUUUACCGGUAGGAGACGCGUGUCACGUACACGCGCGUCGAAAAGCAUCAACAAAAACGAGAAUGGCAGAGAAAAACACAGCAAGCCCGGCGAGUUCGCAGGAGAAAGACCAAAUCACAACGAGCAAACCACCACAGACGGAAGAAGAAAAACGUCAGAAGAAACGUCGUCGCCGUACAACGGAUGCUGAGGCGCGUUUUUUGGAACAAUACUUUUUGAAGACACCAAAACCGACACUUGCUGAAAGACAACAGCUCUCUCGGGAAAUGAAUUUUUGUAUGACGCCGAGAGAGCUCCAAAUUUGGUUUCAAAACAAACGGCAAUCCCUCAGACGGAGCAAUUCACUCGCCCGUUCGAAAUCAGAAGUCAGUGCUUCCCUACAACGGCUCCAUCACCGACCCAGUCUCGCACUGUGCGAGACACAGAACGGCCAAGCUGAGGUUUUCUUUCAGAUAGGACAGUCUCCUAGUGUCACUCGACCCAACACAGUCGCUGGAGGAGAUGUCCCGGCAGGAGGCUCGAUGACUGGGCGUUUAGAACGAAAGCCAGACGUUCCUGCAGCGACAGCAGCACGAAGUCUAUCCACCCCGAUUUCUCAGAUGAAAAAGCGGUCUCCAGUCACACCCAAAGACCUCGAAGAGUGUGCUCGAAGUCUUGUUCAGCUUCAGCAGCGGUAACAGGGACCGCGCAACGGACUGGAAUGAGCUCUCAAGCAGACUGUGGGAGCGAACACCGUCUAGCCAGUACUCAGUCUGACCAGCAAAACCCGUCCGUACCGUCCGACCAGUGAGCCAUCUGAACCGUCAUUUCAUCUUUUUAGCAUAGCAUUCAUUUGUUUCUGUUCCUUGUUUCGUCAUUGCGUUCUGUCGCUGAUUUCAUAAUCGUCCUUUCCAAUAUACAUAGUAGUUCCUUUUACACAAGUGGAAGCAGGAGGGAGCAGGAGGAGACGGUAAACACAGCCUGCAAAAAGUCCAACUCUCUGCCCUGCUUUGAUACUCACAGGCAACGACUGUUUGAGCAUUUGUCUUGCGUUUUGCCCCGCUCCCCCCUCCCGGUCCUCAUCGUCACGUCUGCUCAAGCAGCAUUUCUUCAUAAGCAUUAGCAUCGGUAGACAAAAUUGUUUCGGAAGUUUGUUGGUAGGGGAGAGACCCGAGCAUAGACUCGUCGGCGUCGGCCGCCUCUUCGACAUCUUCACAGAUUAUGUCCUGCGGAAACACUUCGUCACUCGCUGGAAUGGGCGGUGAAGAAGGAGGCAGUUUGCAUGCGAUUGAUGUCUCUGCAUACGAUACGGCCGUAGCCUCAUCGUCGGAACCCACUAUGAUAGACGUGGACGAUGGCGGCUCGUUGUUAGUUUCGACAAGCUCAUUGGGAAACUCUUUCCGGUGAGAACGACGCAUGUACGUUCGGACACAGUUGCUGUAGAGCACUUCGUUCACCGAGUCUUCGUCCCACUCACCCGCUUCUGUGCGCUCCGACCGCGAAAGCAGCUGGGCGAUGGAAGAGCUUACGGGCUUGCUGUACAGCAUGGCACCUGAGACUUUCUGUGUGAACAGGUGUUAGUAGUAUGAGUGGAUAUAACAGGAGGGGCGACCGUAUUCGACAUACCUCAUAAAACCGAGGCAAAAAAGACAAGGGACAGCACCGGCUAAGACACUGGAGGACGUGUUUCAGCCAAACAUCUCGAAGCAAAGCGGCAACAGCCAUCAGAUCCCACGUUCCUUCAAAAUGGUCCGCACCUUUUCGGAUGGGAAGCAAUGCACACUGCAUAGUAAUCUUCAGCAGCUCACGCACAGGUUUUGGACGCCAAGCACGGCUGUCUUGCGGUGCCAACGUAACUGUACAUUGUUAGGGCGAUUACCAUUUUUUACAGUACAGACAUACGCAAAAACUCGCGUUCAUUAGAAGCCAAUUCUAAACGAGGUACAAGACUAAGUGUGUUCCACAUUUGGAACCUUUGAAACAAACGCCCGACUGUGAAUAACUGAGAAGACGAAAAUGUGUUUUGCUGCUGUUCUAUCUGGACCACCAACUGUUUUUCAACGGUUAACGUCUGGCAUUUCCUGCCAAAAGUCACAAACCUUUAAGCUCGAAGAUGCGAUCGAAUGGUACGUUAGCUUCGUCGCCGAACAAUACUCCAACUCUGUAUUCCAUCGGUGACAAAAGCGACAAACGGCUUUGACGCGUAGCUGCUCGUUCUUCACGCAAACCUUCAUGAAGACGACUGUGAACGAUUGAACGAUUGAACGAAUGUGGAAAGAGAAAAGAAACCCUAGAGUGUUUGCACAAAAAGACGCGUCGAGGCGCUUUGUUUACGCGUUUCACCCGCACAUACACAUUUUACUUGUCAUUGCCAUUGGGCUUCUUCUCUAGUCUGCUCGACUUGAUCAUAACCAGCGAAAUAAAAGUUCCAACAACGCAGAUAACAAACAAAAUGAGAAUCACCGGUAUCCGGAUGGCCCAUUCACGGUCGAGAAACAACAAUUGCGUCGGAUUGGACGAGUCCACAAAUGGCUAGUUUUGUUCGUUAGCUGUGUUGAGCGAGAGCGUGUGUGUUGUGUGUUGAUUUACCAUUACCAAAAUCCAAAUGGUAUAAUAAAUGAAUGCUGCUGUCGCGAAGUACCGGAUCAUUACGGAAAUCAAAACACAGAAAUAGAGGAUGAUUAUAGACACAGAACUACUGUUAUACCGCGAGCAAUCGUGGGAGAACGCUAACAAUUCGC